CACAUGGUGGAGGAGAGCGAGUCCCUGCCGGGCCCGUCCCACCGGUGCCUCGUGGUGCAGGGGCCGCAGGAGGCCCGGGGGCGGUUGGACCAGCGGCUGGCCGAGGUGGAGGCUCAGCAGAAGACCUUGCAGAACAUCGUGACGGUGCUGAGCCGGGAGAUGGGCAGGCGCGAGGGGGCCAGAGGCUCAGCCAACAGGGGCUCGUCCAACGUCCUGGGGGAAGCCAUGGCCCGCAUCCUGUACCUGGAGGAGAAGGUGGCCAAGCAGGACACGCUCUUGGCCCUCAAGGACGUGAUGAUCAGCAACCUAGGGGCCCGGGUCGAGGCCCUCGAGCACACCUCCUACAACGGGCAAUUUCUCUGGAGGCUCCCUGAUGUGAGGCGAAAGAUGCAGCAAGCCCUGUCCAAACAGACCCCUGCCAUCUACUCUGCCCCCUUUUACACCGCCCGCUAUGGCUACAAACUCUGCCUCAAGAUUUACCUCAACGGGGACGGCACCGGGGCUGGGACGCACAUCUCUCUCUUCUUGGUGCUGAUGAGGGGCGAAUACGAUUUCUGGCUCAACUGGCCUUUCCAUCUCAAGGUCUCCUUGACGCUCCUGGAUCAAGUCGGCAAGCGUCACUUCUCACACGCUUUCCAGCCGUCGCCAGCCUCCUCUUCCUUCCAGCGGCCCGUGAGCAAGUACAACAUAGCCAGCGGCGUCCCCGAAUUCUUCCCCCUGUGCCAGCUCCACGCCCCGGGAGCCACCUACAUCCACGAGGACACCUUAGCCUUCGAGGCCGUGAUCGGCGACAUCAACCUCUAGGGUGUGGCAGUUCGCCCUGCGGCCCACGGGACUGGGGCUUGGACCUCACUCGGGCCUAGAGACAUAGCCGACAGCUUGGACUCCCAGGUUGGCGUCUUUCAAGAUGGCCGCCCGCACUGCCUCUCCCCCGCCAAGCUUUCGCCCAAGGUGGCCUCCCGCAACACAUCUCCCCCCCAAGCCUUCGCUCAAGAUGGCCACCCACAGCAGCUGUCCACAACGCAUCUCCCCCCACCAAGCCUUCGCCCAAGAUGGCCACCCACAGCAGCCGUCCACCACGCAUCUCCCCCCAACCAAGCCUUCACCCAAGAUGGCUGCCAACACGUCGCUUCCCCUCCCAUGGCUUCAUUGAAGAAGCUGGCCAUGAAAAAUGGAGGUUGACUCUUCUUGGUAACCACCAUGGAAGAGGUUUUCGAGACAAGAUGACCCUUAAGUCUCUUCCAAGAUAGCCACCCAUGAAUAUGUUCUACUUCCUUUGAAAGCUUGGUCCGAGACUGUGACCACACCUCAGAGACCAGCUGCACUGCCAUUCCUGGGGGGCCUGUUCCCCAGCUCUUAUUUUCGUAGACCCUACACAAAGUCAUACUGAACACGACCUCAGGAGCAACAUGCCAAGCAGCUCUGGGCUUUUCAGGAGUCCGAUGAUCCCGCUGGGAAGGGGAACAGGAUGGGCAGAAACGGGACAUUAUUGUAUUCAAUACCCCAAAGCAGAUUGGAAUAUUUAAGAGGGAAAAUAUUUGUAACUAAAUUAAACUCUUAUUUAUUUAGUUGACAUUAAAUCUAUUUAUGGAUCGCAGGAGCUGCUCUCCAGGGUUGGCAUUUUGCGCCGCCCCCCAACCCAAAAAUAAACUUAGUGGGUCCAGUGGAGAGAAUUGAAAUUGAAGUGUGAUGUUUCCCCUCUAGGGGAUGCUGGCUGCU